GUCUGCUCCUCAUAAUUCAUCAACAAAAUCCAGUGACGACUCGGCGACCAGGGCAGGGGAGAGGGGACCGAGCUCGAAGAAGAAGAAGAAGAGAAAUGGGGGCAAUAACGACUGCAUUGAUAGCGAUAGCAGGAGUUGUGCUCGGAUGGAUCGCCAUCGAGAUGGCCUGCAAGCCUUGCCUCGACAAAGGUCGCGAAGCCAUUGAUCGCUCUCUCAAUCCUGAUUACGACCCCGACGACGAAAACAACAACGACGACCUUCGCGCUCCUCUUAAUCCCAAUUCCGAUCUUGAAAGUGUUACCGGAGAUCCAAACGCCGUCGUUUCUUCCUCUACUUCUGAUGGAACCAAGGCCGUCUGAUCCAUCCCUACCCUCAAAUAUAUUAAUUGUGAUUUUUAUUAUUUUAAUUAUUGGAGCUAUUAUUUGUUGUUGUGCCGUAUCGUAUCUAUCUAUAUAUGCCAGAAUUUGUAAUUUUUGUU